ACGAGGAAGGCGAAAACGAAAGGUUUGUCCUUCACGGCUUGCUGUUGGAAGUUGGUGUCAUGUCAGCUCCCUUGCUCUCCUUUCACAGAUGUUGCCAGCGGUCUGCUCUCCUCCUCGUUGCUAGGCGACGGUGGAGCUCCAGCUCAGCAGCUCCUGGUUCCCUCCUCUCCAGGUGCCUCCUCUUCCUCGCCAAACGUUACUAUGAUGUGGAGAUGUUGCUGAACUGGAGAGCCAAGGUGGGGAGAGACCGGCUCCAGAGGAAGAACCUUUACUAUGGUUACACCCGGAAGUUUUAUGGGCCAGAAAUAGCAUCUGCAUAUUACAUCCUGAGUCUAGGGGGAGGAUUUCGGUUUGUGGGCCAGUCUGAGUGGUUCCGUGCCAACUCGAGAGGAAAGUUCAGCUGGGAGUUCCUGAACUACAAGGACAGUCUUGUUGAAGAAGUAGACAUGAGUCACACCAUCAUCAAUUACACAGGACUGUCUAACCUGGAGAGACAACAGCACCUGCGAACCUUAAAACUACAAGGCUGUCCUGAGGUGGACGACUGGUUCCUGGCAGGACUCCACAUGUUCCAGGACUCUCUGGAGGAGCUAGACAUCUCUCACUGUACGCAGAUAACUGCAGGUGGCCUGGCUGCUCUCAGGAAUCUCAGAGGACUGAAGCGUCUAAAUGUGUCCUACCUCCCGAAGAUUUCAAGUCCAGGGUUGGUGAUCAUCCUGUUGGAGGAGAUGUUACCACAUUGCCAGAUCACAGCAGAAGGCUAUGACCUGAGUCUGAGGCAGGCUGUAGAGGAGACGUCAUAGGAUCACGUGCAACCGGAGGUAGUGGACCAAUGAAGACACUGCAGUCGCUA